CUUUGCUGAAUUUCUCUCCAGUCGGAGGUAAGAAGGACGCCUUCGACUGGGGCAAAAACAUCGACACCACCAACCAUGGGCAGUAUUCAACGACAUAUUGUGGUCCGUCAGACUGGCCGGACUGGCCUGGCAUGUUAACUCUGGAGCUGAAAGCACCCACGAUACAAUAGUGAGCGGGUACGACAAAGCCGAAGCGAAUGGUUGUACGAUUUCCGCGAGGCCGAACUUGCGUCGUUCAGGCUGACUAAGAUCCUCCACUCACAAACCGUUGCGACAGUCUGGCGAACUCGGAGCGGAAUAACAUUGUUCCUUGGACGUGAUAUCUCUUGGCAUCAGGGUCUGCAGUGGCAGCCACUGGAAGCAACUAGCACCAGGCAAGGCUGAGAGUGGAGCAGGUCAGUUCCAAGGGUCUGACCCAACGUAAUCGAUCGUUUUUUCUGUGAGACCACCAUUACCAUGAUAGUUUUUUGUUAUGUUGAAGAAUUCAUCCUCUCACCACAUGGGGUCAUACAUAGACACAGCUGCAAUUUCCGUCAGCAAACAUACGCGAGAAAGGUGCGACAAGACAUUAAGAGCCGCUGAUCAGCUGCCGCGGUAGCUUACACUACCUCGAGACGAACCGUCCAAAAUCGUUUAAGCAAGUUUAUCUUGAUCCCUGCUCUGAAUCUCAGCCUUGAGCUGCUCAACUUGACCUCAUGUCUGGAAUACGUUUGGGAAGGUUGAACGGCCCAACACGAACUGAAGGGCACCGGCACCGCCUAUCCAUCCAUGGAAAAGGGUAGUGGUGUCUUCGCCCGGUCUACCAUGAUGGCCAGCCACACAACGUCAACGUCCAAAAGGCCGAAACGGCCGCGACGGGAAUCUAGUGAUGGAUUCUCAAUCGAGGAAUUAUCCACAGAUGACAUGGGUUACGACGGCGAUGUGGAAGUUCUUCACCCCGAUGAGUACGAAGAGCCCGAGUCGGAUUCUGGAGACAACAGGUCCCUAUGGAGAGUCUGGCCCGACACAGACGAUGAGUUGGCCGGCCGACUGCGAAGGCUAUCAUGGGAGCCUCAUGGCUCUACAACUACUGCUCCUUGUCGAACCAGGCACAAACGCACAUCACAGGAAAUGGAGGACGUUGACCAUGGAAGCCCGAGCCCGCUCGGCAAGCGUACGGUGAUCGAAGUCUCCGAAGUGGUGGACGCCAAAUCCGGACAGCCGCCUCUCAAGCGAAGGAAGAAAAGAAUCCCUAGCAAGCAGAGCAUUGCACACAGGCUCAUGAAGAAACAGGCAAUGGCCGCAUGGUCGGACAGCUCGGAUAAGACUGAUGACCAUGAAGCUGUGCUAUUGUCUUCUGAUCCAUGUACUCCGGAACCAGCGCCUACUCCAGCACAUGAUGAAGACGGUGUUGAUGCGAUGGACAUGGGUUAGCCACGCUUCAUGUUACGUCUUCUUUUGUGAGAUGCCAGGGCUGUUCAAGGCGGAAAUACCUACAUUUAGGUACUUUUGUACGGGUUGUGGAAUAAUAGAGGUAUUUUGACUGGAAAUCAAAUAGGAUGCUUUGGGAUGCAUCAACAAGCAUUACUCGAUGUAGAGUCUUGUCGUUACUAUAAUUAUGCACUAGACCUGAAUGGUUCCUGGCUAGCAUCGAGGCUUCUUCACAAGCAUCCACUAGUAGAACGAAAUUGGC